AAUUUAAAUCUUAUUUGCCAUUCAUAGGCAACGGUUCGGCGGCGAAUUUUAAAACGAAAAUAAUUAUAAGUACUUCUAUAUAUUUUGUGGUUUAUGAAGAAAAAAUCCAAAACAUAUUAAUAUUGAGUCAAUAUAAAAAAAUAUUCGAAAAAAUCAAAAUAAUUGUUAUGAAAAAAUGUGGAAUAUAAAUUCCAAAAAAAUGAAGUGGCAUUUUGUGAAUCUUGUGUUGUGGGCAAAUUUGCUUUUAAUUGGUGGAGUUAAAGCGACUUAUACCUCUGGGGUGAAGACAAGCGUUUAUACCUCAGAUCCACAGAUUACAACACAAACAUAUACAACACGUCAUCAGAGCCAUCAGUAUGUUCCCAUAACUGGUGAAUAUCACUACGGGCACAAUCCCAAUAAUCUGGGCAACAAUGGCAAUGACAACGAUUAUCAGAUGACAAUAACACAUCAGAGUCGAGGAUCAUCACCGCAGUGGACGUCGUCAUCGUCGUCCUCGUCGAUGCAUGGUUCCAUUGAUAAUUCAUAUCAGCAGCCGCAACAACAUGAAAGUAGUUAUCGUUAUCAUCAUCAGCAGCAACGUCAACCCCAACCCCAACCUCAACCCAUUUAUGAAAGACACCCCACCGGUCAUGCCACCCAACAAACAUCGGGUCGCAUACAACAAAUUGAGAAUGAUAUCACCGAUUAUUACACAGGUUGUCCAUCGGGUCAUACCGGUCAACUGCCCUAUGCCUAUGACUGCAGACGUUUCCUCAAUUGUUGGAAGGGUCGUGGUCACAUCCAAUCAUGCUCGGUGGGCACCGUUUUCAAUCCCGAGACACUGGAAUGUGAUCGACCGGAUAAGGUGAAAUGUGCCGCUGGUUUGGUGGGAUCCCAUGUUGCAGGCAAAACCACACAAGGCCAUCUAACACAGACGGCGACAACAUCAACUAAUCGGGCUGGCCGCUACAUUGAUGAUACCACCGAGAGUGUGGACAUGUUGUGUCCAUCUGGGUCGCAGGGUUUAGAGCCUCAUCCAGCGGACUGUACCAAAUUCAUAAAUUGUGCCAACGGCAAUGUUCAUGUACAACAAUGUGGUCCUGGUACUGCAUUCAGCAUACCCAUGAAAGUGUGCGAUUUCAAGGAAAAAGUGGAUUGUUCUGGGCGCAGCGAAGCAACGGCUGAGGUUCAUGUCCAUUCGACCCAAGGAGCAAAGGCAGAUAGAUCCCAAGUCAAAUGUCCCUCGGGAGCCUCUGGCCUCUAUCCCCAUCCCUAUGACUGCACAAAAUUCCUACAAUGUUCCAAUGGCAUAACCUACAUUCAGGAUUGUGGACCUGGAACCGGAUUCGAUAGUAACCUCAAAGUUUGUGACUAUAAAGAAAAAAUCCAUUGUGUGGCUGGAAGUUCCUGGGGCACGUCUUCGCAUUCAUUUAACAGUUAUGGCGAACACGGUGCAACAGAAUUCGAAGCGGUUAAUGAAAAUGUCCAAUGUCCCCCCGGAGCAUCUGGCUUGCAUCCCCAUCCCCAAGACUGUGAAAAGUUCUUACAAUGUUCGAAUGGUCAGACUUUCAUUCAAAAUUGCGGUCCCGGUACCGGUUUUGAUAGUCUUCGUUUGGUCUGUGAUUACAAGGAAAAAGUGCAAUGCGGUUCGGGUAGUGUUUGGGCAAUUACCACCGAUGUGACCACAGUCCAACAUGGUCAUACACAGCACACAACUCCGCCCAAUAGCGGCGGUGGUCCUAAUGAUCUGCCACAUACCAGUGAUAUUUUAUGUUUGAAUGGCAUUACCGGCCUCUUCCCUUAUCCCUUCGACUAUACGAAAUUUAUUAACUGUAAGAAUGGCAACACUGCCAUUCAGAACUGUGUCCAAGGUACAGCCUUCAGUAUUUCGAAGGGCUAUUGUGAGUCGUUGGAACAAAUACAAAAAAUAGACCAUGUCUUGUAUAUUGUGUCGGAGGUCAGCUAUGAAUAUGCUCAGACCCUUAUCACCUGUCCACCGGGAACGGAGGGCAUUCACCUGUAUCCCUUCAAUGCUGAGAAAUACAUCAAAUGUGUGCACAGUCAAAUGGAAGUCAUUGGAUGUAAUCCUUCGCAAGUCUUCAGUACCACCAGGCGCAUGUGUUUGCCGCGCAAUCAAGUUUUGAAAACCGAAAGAGUUCGUUUAUUGAGCGAACUGCAGAAAACCAACAACUAUCGUAAUAUUGAGGAGCAUUUCGAUGUCCAUACCAUGAUCUAUUGUCCGAUGGGAUUAUCUGGUGCCUAUCCACAUCCAUUCGAUAGCUCAAAAUAUAUAACCUGUAGUGGUGGUCGUAUGAUUUCCGAAUCAUGUGCUUCGGGUAAGGCAUUCAGUUUGUCGCGCAAGCAUUGUGAAAUGAAGGAGGAUCUUGAGGCGAGAGAUCGUGUGCCACCAAUUGAGACAUCCUAUGGGCAGGAAUGGCAUAUUUCGGAUAUGGAAACAACUUAUGGUUCAAUCGAUGGCUUAACCUACCUCAUGUGCCCGCCUGGAUUAAGUGGCUAUUUCCUGCACCCAUUCGAUUGCACCAAAUACAUCGAGUGUUCGAAUGGAGCCACAAACAUUGAUGGCUGUGCUAAUGGAGCCGUUUUUAGUAUUUCGCGCAAGCAGUGCAUACUUCGUGACAGAGUUGAGGCCUACGACAGGGUGGAAUAUCUGACAACGACCAAACAUGAAUUCUCCAAUGAGCAUGUCUUGCAAGCCGACCGUGACCUGGGUAUCAGCUGCGGUCCGGGAACAUUUGGCAUAUAUCCUCAUCCACAGGAUGGUCAUAAAUUCAUGCGCUGUGCCAACGGUCGUAUUGCUGUCGAGAAUUGUCCACCCGGUCAGGUGUUUAGCAUUGAGAGGAGUUCAUGUUACAAUGAAAAUGAUGUUUCCCAAUACGAUCGUAGUUCCUAUGUCCAUGGCCAGACACAGGGUCAAGGACAUUAUAAUAGAGGCGGGGCAAGAGGUACCACAGCGACAACCACCACCACCACUACUUCAACCACAAAUAAUAAUAACCAUAAUACCCUUCCAUAUUAUACACCAUCAAAUGCGGAGGUUAAUUGUCCAUCGCCAAAUUCCAACGGACGUUAUCCCCAUCCCUAUGACUGUACGAAAUUCGUAAUGUGUUCCAAUGGCGUGGCCCACAUUCAGAGCUGUGGUCCCGGUACAGCAUGGAAUAAGGCUAUGGAAGUUUGCGAUUAUAUGGAUAAAGUUGAGUGUUCACAAUCGCAGGCAACAACGUCCACCACAGCUACUACAUCGACGAACCCGGUGAAACAACACCAACCGGAAAUCCAGUGUCCCCCUGGCGCAGAGGGCCUCUUCAUGCAUCCCUAUGACUGGCAUAAAUAUUUAAGCUGCACCAAUGGCUAUACCCACAUCAUGGACUGUAGUCCUGGCACAGUGUUUAGUGUCACCCGCAAGGUAUGCGAUCUCGAACGAAAUGUGGCCAAUACGGAUCGUUGCAAUAAUGGAGUUUAUAGCACCAACUAUGACUAUUCAUAUACUCAAGGUUACAACAAUCCUGGCACCCAAUCCUAUGGCUCUGGAAGUAACAAUCAAUGGUCGCACACAACCGUAACACAACAUCAACCUCCAACACACACCUACACCCAACAAACACAUACAACUACACAGCAAGCGGGCGGAGAUCGUUGGACAAAUAUGAAUAUACCUCGUCCCCAAGGUUCUUCUUCUUCAUCUUAUGAUCAGCAUUCGACCGGUUGGCAAGCCGUGCCAGCCGGCAGACCUGUCACCACAAAUGUUUGGUCUGGCACUGCCAUCAAUGUUGAUAGACAAGAACCCACGCAUACCGUUAUUUACGAAGAAGGAUCCCUGCAACCCGACCGUAAUUAUAAUCAGCAUACCUAUACAAAAACACCAUUGGCACCAUUACCUGCUAGCGGAAGCACCACAUCGACCGUUGUCUAUGCUCAGCCCAUAGGAUCACAAGAGGCCUCCGAAGAGGUCUUUGGCAAUGGCCAGCCUCAUGCCCAAUUUCCCAUAGUCCAGAACACCCAUCACCCUCAUCCGCUCACGCCAAAUUUAAAUCGAGAAAAUUUCACCCGAACCAUUCAUUUUGUAACUCCCGGAAAUAGUUGGACACCAAUUGUUUCGAAUGCCUAUCCCCAAGUACCCAUAGUCACUCAUUUAAUGCCUCCGUUAGAGGUGGCAGCACAGCCUGUAGAUCAAUUAAUGCCCCCGUUUAGAAAAGAGCCUCAAUCACAUUCUCGUUAUCCCUUGCCUGCAAAUAAAUCCCCCACUCAACCUUCAAUACCUCUUAGUCCCGGGGUUAAUGUUCCCAUAACUCAUCUUAUGCCUCCCAACUACUCGCCCCCCGAUGAGGGACAGAGACCUCUAACGGACACAGAUCGUGUUAUUACCACCAUUAAUAUUGACAACUAUACAGGUCAGGUAUGGCCUGGUUAUGACAGCAGUCAAUUGGAACCACUGCCUUCGGGGUCCCGCAAAGUUGUAACGGUUCAUGAAACAAAUCUCUAUGGAGGUUUGCAGCCUCCAAACUUCAACCCACCACAGAGUAGUACCCCUCGAACCCCGGCACCCAAUUCUGACCCAAAACCACAAAUUCCCUCACCUACCAAAAGCACCACUCCCAUUCCUCUGAUCCAGGGUUAUCCCAAGUUGUUCAAUGCCACCAUACAAACUUUUCCCCAUCAACCCCAUUACAGCCCACCCUAUGCCGAGGUGGCACAUUCCCACAAUGCCACUUGGACGACAGGUCGCAAAGUUCCCCAACAAUCGGCAAUUAAGCCCACGAAUCGUUUAGAGGUUUCCAAGAAACUCAAUUCAGAGCACGAUGAAGAGUUUUCUGACCUCAAACCCGAGCAAUUACCCCUCAAGGAGGCAUUGCAACUAAUGCUAAAACCCUAUCUGGUAGAUGAAAAGCUAGCUGCCAAAGCGGAAUCGCAUAUUAUGAAUUUAGUCGCCCCCAUUGAUAGGCAUCCCGAAGAAACGACAACCAUCCCCACCUCGAGCACUCACAAUCCAUUGCAUGCCCUUAGCGUUAGUAGUAGUACACCUUCAUCCCCCCUCACAACAACCCCUCAAGACGAUGUUGAACUUAUACUUGCAGGUGAACAGCAUAGUUUAGUUACCACAACGUCUGUCCAACCUGGUGCCCAUAAAUCGGGUACCGUUUACGAUUUCCAACACACCACCGUAGAAUCUCAACAUUCUAUCCAUUUCCCCCAUGAUCAUGACCAAUCAGCAACAACAACAACAACCAAUUGGCAUAAACAUCAUCAGCAUACACCCAGUUCCUCGAAACAUCAUCAUCAGCAUUCACGUGAUUUCCAUGAAAAACAUCCCAAUUUACCGAAUCCUUUCGAUGCUCCCCUCGAAUCCUCGGGCAUUGAUGUGCGAAUUAAUGACAACAGCUGUCCGUUCAGUUGUGGAAAUGGCAAAUGUGUGGCCCAACAUGAGGUCUGCAAUGGCGUUAACAAUUGUGGCAAUCGUAAAGACGAAGAGCAGUGCGAUCAUUUGGGCUAUGAGGUGCGUUUGACAGGUGGUGAAAGUUCCAAUAAGGGUCGCGUCGAAGUGAAAAUCCUGGGAAAAUGGGGUUAUGUGUGUGACGAUAAAUUUGGUCUCAAGGAUGCCGAUGUUGUGUGUCGUGAACUGGGUUUCAAGAUGGGGGCCAUGGAGGUACGUGGAAGUUCCUAUUACCCGCCCGCAGACACCAAUGCUGUCUUCAACAUGGAUGAGGUGGAGUGCAAGGGUAAUGAAACUUCUCUGCGUGAAUGCGAUUUCAAGGGGUGGGGUGUUAACAAUUGUGGUCCGGACGAAGUUGUUGGCGUUGUUUGCAAGGUCCAACAGCUGAAGUGCCCGGAUAACUAUUGGCUGUGUACCAAAUCGGAAGAGUGUAUACCGACGGCAUUUUUGUGCGAUGUUACACCGGAUUGUUCGGAUGGUUCCGACGAGAGUCCACAAAUUUGUAAUGCCCCCAUUGAAUAUCGUUUGGAGGGUGGCCGGUCCAAAAAUGAAGGACGUUUGGAGAUUUUCUAUCGCGGCGAAUGGGGUACGGUGUGUGAUGAUGAUUUCAGCCAGAAGGAAGCUCAGGUUGUGUGUAACUCUUUGGGUUACUAUGACAAGGCGCAAGUAGCCAAGAAUAUCUAUGGACCAGGUAGUGGACCCAUUUGGCUGGAUCAAGUCUCCUGUUUGGGAAAUGAAACAACUCUGGACAAAUGCAACCACUGGACUUGGGGUGAGAAUAAUUGCCAGCACACCGAAGAUGUGGGCAUCAAAUGUACGGCUGGUCCCAAGCCCACAAUUUUACGGCCUGUGGUGACCACUACUCCCGCCACCAGGAUAUCAAAUAAAGAUUCCGAAUAUGAGCUAUCGGAGUUGGAUGAUUUGGGCAAAUAUCAAGGUCUGUGGCAAAGAUCCAGCAAGGCGGUACACCAGCCAAAACAAUGUGGCCAUUUCAAGAAGAACUUGGUCGAUGAGUAUGCCCAUCCGGAGGAGCGUGUCAUAAAUGGCAGCAUUGCCAAACGAGGACGUCACCCCUGGCAGGCAACCAUACGUACACGUGGUCGGGGUGGUAUCUCCAGCCACUGGUGUGGAGCUGUUAUCAUUUCGAAGAAACUCAUUUUAACAGCGGCCCAUUGUUUGGCCGGUUAUCCCAAGGGUUCGUAUUUCGUUCGUGUGGGCGAUCAUUAUGCCAAUAUUGCCGAGGCAUCUGAGGUCGAUUCGAACAUUGAAAACUGGUACAUCCACGAACGAUUCCGCGAAGAGAAGCACAUGAACAAUGAUAUUGCUUUGAUUUUGCUCAAAAACUCGUUGCGUUUUAAUGACUAUGUCCAGCCUAUUUGUCUGCCCGAAAAGGGUUCUCAAUUGCAGGCCAAUCGCAUGUGCACAAUAUCGGGUUGGGGUUCCAUUAAGUCGGGAACAUCAACUCCAUCCAACAUCCUGCGGGCAGCUGAGGUUCCCAUUUUGGCAGAAGAUGUGUGCCACCGCAAAAAUGUAUAUGGCAAUGCCAUGAGUGAGGGUAUGUUCUGUGCCGGUUAUCUCGAUGAGAAUGUGGAUGCCUGCGAUGGUGAUUCCGGUGGUCCUUUGGUGUGUUCGGAUGAGGGUGGUGAAACUUUGUAUGGCAUAAUUUCUUGGGGUCAACAUUGCGGCUAUGCCAAUCAUCCGGGUGUCUAUGUUCGUGUCGAGAAAUACAUCGAUUGGAUAUACGAGAAAAUCAAUUUGAUGUUGCAACAAGGCAAACUCUAGAUGCAAAUUACAAUCUCGAAUGUUAAAUAUGUUUCCUUUUAUUAGUUUUUAUUUAAAGCUCGAAAUAAUUUGGUUGUAGUUUUUUUUACCUUUAGGGGCUAGUUAUGAAUUGUUAUAUUAAAGAAAAAAUGUUGAAUUUUUAA